AUGACAGCUGACAAGGAGAAGAGAAGAGCGAUCAGCCGUGAGGCUGCUCGAAGGAGACGGCGAGUGGAGUCUGACGUGUUUGGGGAUUUGUCUCGCCUCCUGCCGCUGCAGCCCUCCGUCAGAGCUCACCUGGACAAGCCCUCCGUCAUUCGCCUGACCCUCAGCUACAUACGCAUGCACACAGUGCUCAAAGAAAAUGAUGGGAUAAAUGCCGGGAGUAGGCACAUGAUAACAUAUCAGCAAGCGGUGGAAGGUGGAGAUGAACAGAGCGGCUGUGACGGAGCACAGGACGAAGAGGAGAAAAACACAGAGGAAUUCGAAGCCUCGCAGGAGACAAACAUGUACCUGGGGAUCUUGGAGGGAUUUGUCAUGGUCUUGUCCACUGAGGGAGACAUGAUCUUUCUGUCUGACAAUGUCAGCAAGUACAUGGGCCUGACUCAGACUGAGUUGAUGGGACACAACAUUUUUGAAUAUACUCAUCCCUGUGACCAUGAAGAAAUCAGAAGUAAUCUGCGUCUAACAGCAGAGGAAGUUUGGUACGGUGAGAAGAGGGACUUUGUCAUGAGGAUAAAAAGCGCUCUGACUCACAGAGGAAGAACCGCCAACCUCAAGUCAGCUACUUGGAAGGUUCUGCACUGUCAGGGCCGAGCAAAGGUGUGCGUGGACCCGUCUGCAGUUUCCUGUCUGCUCCUGACCUGUCGGCCUCUGCCUCUCUCACACACCCUGCUCAGCAGAUACACCUUCACCAGCCAGCACAGCAUGGACAUGAGGUUUACCUAUUGUGACCAGAGAGUGACUUCUCUUUUGGGCUACAGACCUGAGGAGCUGCUGGGCCGCUCCAUCUAUGAUCUCUGUCACGCACUGGACACAAGCUGUUUGAACAAAAAUCAUCUAAACCUGUGUCUGAAGAACCAGUCAGUCAGCGGUCAGUACAGGAUGCUGGUGAAAGGUGGAGGUUACGUCUGGGUGGAGAGUCACAGUGCUGUCAUCCCCAGCGUCCGACCCUCCAGGUCCAGACCUGGCAUCCCCCAGCCGCUCUGCAUCCUCAGCGUUACCUACGUCCUCAGUGGUGUGGAGCAGCCAUCUCUGCAGCUCUCCCUGGACCAGACUAUCCACAGAUAUUUGAAUUGAAAUCGAGAUCUGAAGAGAUGUCUGCGAAACCCUC